AUGCCGGUAUGUAUGUGGCAGGUAUACGGGUACGAAGCUAUGUUACACCAACUUACCGUUAAUACGAGUGAAAUUGGGCUACUAAAGACCCAUUGUGACGGUGCACGAGGGAUAUCCUCCUCCUUUAUUAUCGGACCCGUGAAAGAAGAGGACACUAAACUCGAGAAGAAGAAGAAGUUUCAGGAAGACGCUUGUCCAAUAAAACAGUUGGAGGAACUGUUGGGAAGUUUGUUGAAGUCUUGUGGGAGGAUCCUUCAAGAUAUCUGA